AGUUUAUUAUAUGUUCUUCCUACAUAGGUUUUCUUUUUCUCUAAAACAUUUCUAGUGUUUCCAAGGAGCUGCUAAAGGGCCACCGAUGGCCAGUGGGGUCAACCUGUGCUGGACGUGGUCAGAUGGGAGUUACUUCUCAUACAGCAACUGGAACUCUGGGGAACCAAACAACGCUGGCACUGGUAACUGUGGAGAGUUACGGAGUAAAGAUGAAUACAGGUGGAACGAUGCAGGCUGCAGUUACAGAAAUCAAUUCGUCUGCUAUAAGAAGCUUCCACUCAUCCUGAUUAAUGAGGAGUUGACGUGGAGAGAAGCUCUGAGUUACUGCAGAGAGAAUCAUGUGGAUCUGGUUUCUGUUCACACUGAGGAAAUCCAGCACUGGGUGGAAACAGCUGUUUAUUAUGCCUCCACUGCUAAUGUGUGGCUGGGUCUUCGUCAAACCUGCACCCUCAAUAUCUGGUUCUGGGUGAAAGGAGAGUUCAUCUGCUACCAGAACUGGGCUCCGGGGAACGGGACAGGGGUGGAAGACUGCAGUGGAGGAGAAAGAACAGGAGCGGUGCAGUCUGGGAGUAAGCAGUGGGUCAGUCUGCCAGAGGAUCAGAGACUCAACUUCAUCUGCACUGUUUAGGAGCUCUAGAAGAGGAAGCAGGCUGUUCAAAUGGAUCCUUAUAGCUCAGGAUCAGACUGACAUGUGAUAGCCAUUUCUUCAUCAUCCAAACACAACAAUUCAGUUUAAUAAGAGAAAUAUUCAUAUAUUACUGAGACAGCUCUUUUUUUAAAUGAGGGGGAAAUUACACUCAUAAUGCAAAUGCAUAUUUCUUUUAAUCAUCAUUGAUAGAUCAGACACAAAGUACAGCAUGCUAGAUCAUUUCUGAAGAGAAAGGUGGGUGUGGUGAAAAUACUAAAUGUUUAAAUAGGAUAUAAUCUGAUGCUCUGACAUGGUUUCACACUUCUGUGCUAAUAACUGUUAUUUUUUAUCGUUGUAUCAAACUUCAAUUCACACAACAGUUUAUAUUUAAAUUAGAAAUGUUUGUAAACUGUAUUUGAGCUGUUUGUCUUUAUCUGUAUGUAGGGUUCGAAACUUGUGCUGUGUGUGUGAUACAAACACUUUUCUUCUUAAUGUCUAUAUUUUCCAAAGAACAUAAAUUAAAGCCUUGUUUUACAAUGUAUAAGCCAAAAUACUGAAUUGCAGGUUUAAAGGAA